AUGUUCACUACAGUCUCAGUUUCAGUCUAAGAAUUUAGAGGAAUUCGAACUGCCUCUACAACUGGAACCUCAAGUUAUAGGGACUUUUAAAGAUUGCCAGCUACCAAGACCAAUUAUAAAAGGUAAUAUUUAAAAGGAGCAUCAAAUCGGGUAAAAUCAUUAAAAGAAGAAUCUCAUUUUGCAUAAUUAUGCAAUGAAAGAAAAGGCAAUGAGAAAUUAUUUAAAUUUAAUAGAUAAGACUAACUAUUAAAUUAUAGAAAUCUUCAUCUUAAUAAAUUAUAACCAAUAUCUAAUUAAGAACAAAAUCUCGAAAAUUAAUAACAUUAAGAAUAGUAAAAUAAAUCAUAGAUUAAUUCUCCAAAUAAUAAUUUAAGAAGUUCUGCUCUCUAAUUAAUUACUGAUUAAAAGAAUUAACUCAUUGAAUUAAUUUACAAUGCAUAAUCAGUGAUAUAAAAAUAAAAGAGAACUUAUUCAAACUAAUAAAAAACUGAAUAUUUGCAAAAUGGGAAAAUCCACACUUAAAUUACAGGUUCAUCACCUAAAGCUAUGAAAAAUCAACCUUAGAUUCUAGGUCAAUUAAUUGUUUCAAGUAGAAACAAAAAUGAUCUUUUUGUAAAAAGUACCUAACUUACAUCUUAUGGUUCGUUAAAAAUAACUACAUAAGAAGAUAAAUCAAGUAUUCCUCCAAAACCAAAGAUACCAAUUUCUUUAGAUGGUGCAAAGAAAUUCUUAAAAUAAUUUAUUUGA